AUCCCACAAACAAACAAUAAUAGUUUUGUCCCUAUUUACUGACUGUAUGUCUUUGGAAAUCAAUUUAAAGAUUUGUUUUAAGAAUGUGUUUUUGAAAAACAUAGUUUAAGUAUAUUCCUAGACUUAUAUAAUUUAUAUAUUAAGGAUUGAAACCAAAGAGCGUAUAGAAAGAAAUGGGAAUUUUUAAUAAGCUGGCAGAAAUCCUUAAGCUAAAAAAGGAACAAAUGACUAUUUUAAUAGUAGGACUAAACAACAGCGGAAAAUCGACGAUAAUUAAUAAUUUCAGGACAUCAGAUGAACGAACUUCCAUAACAGUUCCAACAGUCGGAUUCACGGUUGAGCAAUUUCAAAAUAACGGCAUUGGAUUCAAGGCGUUUGAUAUGUCAGGUUCUAGUCGAUACAGAAAUCUAUGGGAAUACCACUUUAAAAGCUGCCAAGGAAUCGUAUACGUCAUUGAUUCUAGUGAUCGGAUGAGAUUAGUUGUUGUCAAGGAUGAGCUGGAUCUUUUGUUAACACAUCCUGACUUGGCGAACCGUCGUGUGCCGUUGUUAUUUUAUGCAAACAAAAUGGACUGCACAGAUGCUCUUUCAAGUGUUAAAAUAGCUGCUGCUUUGGGACUGGAAAAUAUCGAAGACAAGCCGUGGCAUAUAAGUUCAAGUAAUGCAUUAACUGGUGAAGGCUUAGAAGAAGGCGUUUCGUGGCUAAUUGAACAGAUUCGCAUGAGUAUUUCGAAAUCAAAAGAUCACAAAAAAAGAAACAUGUCCAUUAAAAAGUGAAAAACAUAUGACGAUCAAAAAUAUUUAUUUAAAAAAUGUAUUUAUUGAUAGGAGAGAUUAUGUAUGUGUGUAUGUAAUUUCAUUUAAUUUAAUUCCCAGCUGUUUGAUAACAUUUAAAAAAAAGGCACAUUAAAAAGUUAAAACCAUAUAA